AGUGUUCUCAAUUAGAAAGUAAUAACAGAAUAUCCUCUCAAAGUAAAUUUUCAUUUUUCGCGCUGUUGACGCAUAUAACUGGAAGUCUGGAAGUAGCACACUGUCAUCGUGUGUCUUUUCCAGUUUACUCGUGCUGGCAAAGGAUGAGUUUGUUCAGGAAAAUUGUGCCCUUUCCUGGGCUCCGUAAUCACCAGGUGCGCUUCUUUAAGCCCGAACUGCCCAUAAAGUGGGUUCGUCCGGAGAGGAUUUGCUGCACGCAUCCUGGAAAGAGUGGCGACUUGAGUGGGAGUGCUCGUGUGGAUCUAACGCUGCCGGUGCAAGAAUACCGGAAUUCUAAGCUCUUAGCCGAAGCUGAUGACAUUGUGCGGGAGCUCUUCACACUCGGGAGAUACCCAGGAAAGAAGACUGGCCACUACUUGAGGAAUCAGAUGAAGGCUGAGGUGCAGAGACACGCGCAAGACGAGGGUUCGAUGGAGACUUUCAUCGCCGAUCAGACGGCAAGAAUUCGCCGAUUGCAGGAAAUCUUCGCUGUUCAUCCCAGAAACAGAAUGUUGAAGGUCUACUUAAAGGAGUUGAUCGAAAAGCGGAAAAAAAAUCUGAACGAUAUGAGACGUUGGGACUACAGAAGAUUUGAGUGGAUCCUGGAAAAGUUGGAUUUGGUUUACAAACCUUAUGCGGCAGAGCAUGUUAUUCUAGGCAGAAAGUAUGCUGUCCGGAAGCUGACUGACACGCACUGUGAGGAACUCAUACAGAAGAAGCUACUGGAUUACCAGAAGCAUUUGGAAUCGCAGCAGGUGGACUUUCUGAAGCGUAAAAUCAAGAAUCUAGAGUUUAUUCGACGGGAGCAAGAGGACCUAAAAUUGCCUCAGACAGUCACCGAAGAACAAAUAAAUGCCGCCAAGGCCAAACUUGCGGAAACUAUAAAAAGGCAGGCCAUUGUCGCGCCCAAGAGCCAUUGAAAAGAUUCGGAUUGUUAAAUAUUAUAAUUUGUAUAAAAAAAAUACAUCAGAGAAAUUUUAGUAGAGCAUACAAAAUAAAAUAUCAGUGUAAAAAUA